CCCUUGGGUAGUUUCAGACAGAACCACCAAACCAACUUCUGAAACUCCAAUGGCUUCCCCUCCCACAAACCUUCACUUUGUCUUGUUUCCAUGGCCGGCUCAAGGUCAUUUGAUCCCUAUGGUGGACAUAGCCCGGAUGUUAGCCGAAAGAGAUGUUAUGGUUACUGUUAUUACAACUCCUGUUAACACAAACCGUAUUAAAACAGUCAUUGAUCGUGCAAUCGAAGCAAAUCUCAAGAUCCAAGUUCUUGAUAUCCAACUCCCAUUUGCCAAAGCUGGUUUGCCAGAAGGAUGCGAAAGUUUCGAUAUGAUUCCAUCGGUUUCAUAUGUGGCCAAUAUGUUCCUAGCAAUGAAGCUGUUAGAAGAACCGGCGGAAGAGAUGCUUCGGGUGCUUUAUCCCCCUCCAAGUUGCAUCAUAUCGGAUGGCGGUUUCCAUUGGACUAGCGAUGUGGCGAAAAGGUUAAUUGUUCCAAGGAUUAUUUUCUAUGGACCAGGAUGUUUUGCAUCCCUGUGUAUAAACAUAGUGAAUAAUACGAAUAUACUAGGUGAUUUCAAGUCUGAUUUAGAGUACUUUGCAUUGCCUGGCUUGCCUGAUUGUAUUGAAGUUACCAAACCGCAGGCCUCAAGUUGGGGAAAGGGAAACACGAAAGAAACUAGAGAAACAUUUGAACGAACACAAGAGGCCGAGAAAGCUGCAUUCGGGAUAGUGGUUAACAGCUUUGACGCGUUAGAGCCGAAGUAUGUUGAAGAGUUUGCAAAGGCAACAGGUAAAAAAGUAUGGUGUAUAGGACCUGUUUCUCUAUGCAACAAAAGCCUUGAAGAUAUAGCCGAGAGAGGAAACAAGGCUGCAAACGGCGAGCAUGAUUGCUUGAAAUGGUUGGAUUCGAGGGAGCCACGGUCUGUGGUCUAUGUUUGCUUCGGAAGUUUCUCUAGUACAUUGACGCACCAAGCCAUUGAGCUUGCACUGGGACUAGAGUCAUCCAACAUACCAUUUGUUUGGUUUGUUAGCCGAACAAGUGACGAAUUCGAGAAAUGGACUUCAGAAGGACAAUAUGAAGAAAGGAUAAAAGGUAGAGGCUUAAUGGUCCGCGGUUGGGCACCACAAAUCUUGGUAUUGUCGCACCAAGCUAUUGGUGGUUUUAUAACACAUUGUGGAUGGAACUCAACUCUAGAAGCUAUUUGUGCCGGGAUCCCAAUGGUUACAUGGCCACAUUUCGCAGAUCAAUUUCUAAAUGAAAGAUUCAUUGUAAAUGUAUUGAAGAUUGGAUUAAAAAUUGGCGUGGAGGUUCCUAUUACGUAUCGAGGGAAAGAAAAGUUUGAAGUGAUGGUGAAGAGGGAAGCCAUCAAAUUAGCUGUGGAAGGUUUGAUGAAUGAUGAAGAUGAAGAUGAAGCACAAACAAGAAGAAAUAGAGCUAAGGAGGUUGCACAAAUGGCGAAGAAAGCAAUGGAGGAUGAAGGUUCAUCUCACCUCAACUUGACAAUGAUGAUUGCAGCUAUAACUGAAGAACUAGCUCUGAAGAAUAAGUCAAUUAAAGAUAUUGUGUAGAGAUUGUAACUUGCUGAUCACCAAGCAAGUUUCCUUCAAGCCGGAACAUCCAAACACUUCACUGCAGUUCCUCUUUAUUUUGUUAGAUUAUGCUUUAGAUAAAUUGUGUUCAUGUCAUGUCUCCAAUGAAAAAACCUCCUAGAGAUGGGACUUGAACA